CUUCGUGCAUACCUUCAUUAAUAUCUAGCGCUGAACGAACUUCAAAACUGGCUAGUGUGACGAUACCGUGACCUUCCGUGACAUUUAUGUGACUGCACGAAAUGUGUACCUUCGCGGACAGCGCCCAGGAACGUGGGAAUGUAGGUGACUAAGCUGAGGUACUGUACAGUUGCUUCGAGUUUUGAACUUUAAUCUUUAGCCACCUCAGGGAAUAGCGACCACCCUCCUCACCUUCGCCAUGGCCCCCAAGCUCGACCCCAACGAAAUCAAAAUCAUCUACCUACGGGCAACAGGGGGUGAAGUCGGUGCAUCUUCAGCACUUGCCCCAAAAAUCGGUCCCCUCGGUCUGUCACCCAAAAAGGUUGGAGAAGAUAUCGCUAAAGCUACCUCUGCAUGGAAGGGUCUACGGGUGACCGUCCAGCUUACGAUCCAGAAUCGGCAAGCAGCAGUCUCCGUCGUUCCUUCCGCUUCCUCCCUCGUCAUCCGGGCGCUCAAGGAGCCCCCUCGUGACCGGAAGAAGGAGAAGAACAUCAAGCACUCGGGCAAUGUCACUCUUGACGAGAUUUUCGAAAUUGCCCGAACGAUGAGGUCCAAGUCGCUAGCAAAGGACUUGGCUGGCGGCGCGAAGGAGAUUCUGGGCACGGCCCAGAGUGUUGGCUGCACAGUAGAUGGGCAGCCCCCACACGAUAUCAUCGAUGGUAUCAAUUCGGGAGACAUCGAGGUGCCGGAUGAGUAAAAGACCGUCAAACACACGAGCCAGUCUUUUUAUAUCGCCCGCCAUGUAUUUUUUUUUGACACUACUGCAUACAUCAAUACAUCUAAACGCUCACAUGUCCUUCCCGUGUGCACAUUGG